AUGGAUAUACAUUGCAAAGCAGAUCCUUUCUCAGCUAUGCACAGGCAUGGGGGUGUGAAUCAGCUGGGAGGAGUAUUUGUAAAUGGCAGGCCUCUUCCUGACGUGGUGAGACAGCGCAUCGUGGAACUCGCACACCAGGGAGUCAGACCCUGUGACAUCUCACGGCAACUGCGGGUCAGCCACGGCUGUGUCAGCAAAAUACUGGGCAGAUACUAUGAGACGGGCAGCAUCAAGCCCGGUGUCAUUGGGGGCUCAAAGCCCAAGGUUGCGACCCCGAAGGUGGUGGACAAAAUCGCCGAGUACAAGCGCCAGAACCCGACCAUGUUCGCGUGGGAGAUCCGGGACCGACUCCUGGCCGAGGGGAUUUGCGACAAUGAUAGUGUGCCCAGCGUCAGCUCCAUCAACAGGAUCAUUCGGACCAAAGUGCAGCAGCCUUUUCAUCCCUCACCGGAUGGACCUGCCACAGCUGUCACUGCACCCGGGCACACGAUAGUCCCCAGCACAAACUCUCCGCCUGUAUCCUCAGCAUCCAACGAUCCCGUGGGAUCCUACUCCAUCAACGGGAUCCUGGGCAUUCCACGAUCGAAUGGCGAAGCCAAGAGGAAACGCGAUGAAGUGGAGAUUGUCACCUCCCCUACGCAUCUACGGGGUGGAGGAGGGAAGGUGUUGCACCUUCUGUGGACUGUCAGAGAUACCCAAGAUAAUUCCGGACCAAACGGUGAUUCUCAGGGAACUGCGGAGAGUGUACGGAAGCAGCUGCGAAGUGAAGCCUUUGCCCAGCAGCAGUUGGAGGCCCUGGAACGAGUCUUUGAACGUCAGCACUAUUCAGACGUCUUCAACGCUGGAGAACACAUCAAAUCAGAACAGGCUAAUGAGUAUUCCCUCUCUGCCCUGGCUUCUGGAUUGGAAGAUGUCAAAAGCAGCCUCUCAGCUGCUGCCACUCCUGACCUUGGGACCAACGUUUCAGGACCCCAGAGCUACCCAGUUGUGACAGGCCGUGACAUGGCGAGUACAACUUUACCUGGCUAUCCUCCACAUGUUCCACCGACUGGGCAGGGCAGCUACUCCACUUCCACAUUGGCUGGCAUGGUACCAGGCAGUGAAUUUUCAGGAAACCCUUACACCCAUCCACAGUACACGACUUACAAUGAAGCCUGGCGCUUUACCAACCCAGGAUUACUAAGUUCCCCUUAUUAUUAUAGUGCCGCAUCCAGGGGUGCUGCACCCCCCACUGCUGCCACUGCCUACGACCGCCACUAG